GUUGAUUAAAUGAUUUAUGUUCUUUGAAUAUAAAAAGUGACCUCGAUAAUCAAAGCAGAUAAUUGUAUAAACUGCACAGUUCAUACUUAUAAUUGUAUACAUACAUUCUUUUCGAGUCUACCCGCAGUCAACCAUAAGAAACAUUCUGCAGAGAGAGUGCUGCUAAAGAUCGACGGUGCCCUAUCUUCAUUCUCUGAUCCGAUUCACUCAUCGCCAUGGCUGGGCAAUCAUGGUUGGUGGAUAGCAACCGAUUUGCGUCCAAGAUUAAAAGUGCCUCUGGUGCAUGUGAUCCUGAAAACAUCAAAUGGAAAAGUAAUCCGACCAAAGCAUGCCCAAACUGUCACCAUAUAGUCGACAACAGUGAUGUUAAUCAAGCCUGGCCGGGGUUGCCCCGAGGGGUUAAAUUUGACCCGCUGGAUCAAGAAAUUAUCUGGCAUUUACUUGCUAAAAGCGGUGCACGAGGUUUCCAGCCUCACCCUUUUAUCGAUGAGUUUAUUCCAACGGUCGAUGAAGAUGACGGAAUCUGUUACACCCAUCCUCAAAAGUUGCCAGGGGUACAACAAGAUGGAAGCGUAUCGCACUUUUUCCAUAGAGCAAUUAAAGCUUACAAUACCGGAACUAGAAAACGCCGUAAGAUACACGGUGAUGAUUUUGGCGACUUCCGUUGGCACAAAACGGGCCGAACAAAGCCCGUUGUGUUAGACGGGGUUCAACAAGGGUGUAAGAAAAUCAUGGUUCUUUACGUAAGCCCGGUCAAAGGCGGGAAAGCUGAAAAAACGAAUUGGGUUAUGCACCAAUAUCAUUUGGGAACCGGAGAAGAUGAAAAGGAAGGCGAGUAUGUGAUUUCGAAAGUCUUUUAUCAACAACAACUGCAGUCUAAACCAAACGGAAAAGAUGAAGAGAUUGUAGUUUCAGACUUUGCUGCUCCUGUUGUCAAAGUUGACCCUGUGACUCCUAAGUCCGUGACCCCUGAACCGCCUCGUGCUGAAAAACGGGUCGUAGAUACAACAGGCCUUGAACAAGAGCCCGCUGAAACUUUUGCAGAUCCUGUUCAGCAUGAGAUGGAGCCAGUGAACGAGGUUGAGCUAGAAACUUCUGGCGGGAAGCUUGGUGAAGACGAAGAUAAUAUGACGAACGAAAAUCAUGUUUCUGAGAUACCGGGGGCUAAUAACGAUAGUCAAGGUGGUGAAGAAGUAAAAUGGUGGGAUAGUGAGUCACAGUAUAUAUUAGAUUCACAACAACUUGUGGAAGGGCUUUCUUUGUGUGACGAGUUUCUUCAGAGUCAAUCUCCUCAAAGAGACGCUGAAAACCAACCGAAUGGAAAACCGCGUCUUGCAGAUUACGCUCAUUUAGGGGCGGAAAAUCUGAAAAAAGAUUUAGAAGCAUGUCAAGAUUUGGUUCUCGAUCCUGCGAAUUUGGAACUUGAUACACCGCCUGAUUUCCGCUUGAGCCAGCUCGAGUUCGAAUCUCAAGAAAGUUUUAUUGCGUGGGGAGGCGGUGGUAAGUGAUCUUCAUUAGAGCAAACUAUGUAUGUUGCGCUUCUUUUGUGAAACUAUUGUAUGUCGUUUUGUUGAAACUAACUUGGGAUGAAUUGGGAUGGUACUUAAUGUUUUGGAAGUAAGUGUUUAUAUGGUAUGAUUGUGAUGGAAUGAAGAUGCUUGACAUGCUGCCAUAGUGCCAUCUCAUAAUGCUACCCAAAAUUUCAGACACUUAACAAUAUUUUUAAUGUAAAUCACAAAUCUUUCCUUUAUCA